AUGAAUUGGCUAAAUUCUAUAUGUAGAAGAGGCAACAGCUCAGUUACCCGUAAUCGAGUUUACUCUCAUUACGCAACGAGGUGCGGCAAUGAGAGAGUAUCUCCCCUAAACCCGGCCAGCUUUGGCAAGCUCGUCAAUUUCAUUUUCCCCGGCAUUCAAACUCGGCGACUCGGAAUACGUGGAAAAUCGAAGUACCAUUACGUUGAUCUCACCUUGAUAGAUGACCCCCCUGAAGGUCCCGGUGGUGAGCACUUCCAAAAUGAAGGAGAUAUUGUUGGAGCAACAGAUGGCUCGGUUACAAGAAGCUUCAGAUCCCAAUGCGGAGCUGACACUGCUAUCUUUCCUUCCCCUAACACCCAUUUCAUACCGGAUCCUUCACAUAACAGCAUGCGUAACCAAAAGGCCCCGGGCUGCCUGUAUCUCAAUCCUGCUUCGCCCAAAAUCUACCAUGGUCCCUCUGGUCGCAAUAUGGUCAGUCGAGAGCUCAAAUUCCCGACUCAACAAGAGCCUCCCUACGCACAUAACGAACCUAUUGAGCUGCCCAGUCUGCAACGCUACCUACCCACCGGAACUGACCCCGAUGCUGCAAACGCAUUAGUAGCUCUAUACCGCACUCACUGCAUAUCCGUCAUAGACACCUUUCGGUUUUGCAAGGAGAAAAUGUUCUGGCACCAUUUUUCUUCAUUUCAUGGGACGUUGACAGUCCCGGUCCAAAAGUUGCUCGCUCACCUAAACAUUGCUAGCUGGAUCAAAGAAUGCGACUGGCUUAUGUAUCAAAAAAUGAUACGGUUUGUAUCUCCUCUCGCUCUCCAAGUCAUGCCACCGAAAGUCACGGAAACCUUCCGAAACAUAUCCAGCAAACUGAGCACCCACAUCUCAACAACUUUCCAAAACCACCCGCAGCACGUCCGCGAUGCAAAACUUGGUCCUGCAACGAUUUUCGCCGGCCUGAUUGAUCGCCUUCUUCGUGUCAACGCUACAGCUCACGCAGCUGCAAACAUGCUUACAAAUGAUGCCAAUCGGGAUCAAAUGUGGCACGACUGGGUCUACUAUGUCAAGCCCGUAAGUGUUGUUGAGAGCAGCCUUCCGGGUCGGGGAUACACACGCACUCUACAGAUCUUGACGAAUGAGGUCCGCGAGCUACUCGGACCUCUCAGGGACGCCUCUUAUCCGGGCAUGCAAUCAAUCUACGCCAACGCUGCGUCUAGCGCGGGCCUGAAAUAUUCGCAGCAAUCACACCAUGAGAUGGAUGACAGUUCGACAUCGGGUGUCCUAGACCGGUGGACCACAUUUCUGUACGACCUGUCGUCUCGCUUUCCUGGUAUCGAUGCUCGCCUCCUUCUUCAUUGUGUUGGCGAGGUUGGCUCGGCUGCAUUACGCGAUAUCACAAUGGCGCAGGCAUUGAGCUUCGGUUCGUGGUGGGUUACUAAAGUUUGGGUUGACGAGAUGCUCCAAUGGAUGGCCGAGAAAGGAGGCUUCUUGGAGCAUUCGCCAAGUAGCAUGGAGAUGAGACCGCAAAAGAGGUCUGCGUACGAGGCAGGCUUCGGCGUGGAUGAUAAUGAGACUGAAACUCGCGGAGGCUCGAGACCAAGGACUGGAGUCAGCGACAGCGUUGAUGUGCCUAGUCGCUAUGGAAGUGUUGACACGAGGAACAACUUUCCCCGUGAACAUGGUCAGCUCGAUCCACAUCUGCAGCAUUUCAGAUAUAAUCAUCCCGCUUCCCCUGCCACAAUGGACGGAUCUGCGCAAGAACACUUCGACGAACCAUUACCCCAGCAUAUCACCAAAGAAACAGAUUUCGAGCUCGUGCAGAGUCACGAUGACAGUGGCAUCGGUAUGGACGUGGUGGAGCUCCCACAGCACAAUAAUUCUAGAGGUAUGCCAGAUUAUGGAGGUUUCAUAGCCUCUGGGGUGAAUGGAGCGUCUGAUCCUGCGGAUGUGGUUGUCUGCUGA